AUGCUUGGGCAUUUUCAGCGAGAUCUUCUUGUAUAUCUAAAGAAUGUAUAUGGCUUAUCAGUACGAUCGGGAUCCCUGGUACUCUUUGCUUAUGCAGCACAUUUACAAUACAGGGCCCCAAAAUUAUUGGACCGAAUUCUCGAUGAAUUUUUCUAUGACUUUACGGACUCUCUACUUGAUUCCUCGGAUGGUGUUAUUAUACCUUCGGGGUCAUUCUUGACAUGUCGGUUUCCACAACAGACAAUGUACAAACAAAGAGAAUCGCGUUGGGCUACGUAUUGGAGUGUGCUGUAUUCGCUUGACAAACAGCCUAAUUUAGACCCGCCUUGUUUCAGAGAUGAUAGAAGAGAAGAUGAGUAUAUGGAUGAGGGUAAUGAGGAUGGAGUGACGUCGAGAAGAAAUGGAAGAGACGGUAGAGACACCUAUGCAUGCAGAGCAGACUUGACAUUCGGGAUUACUAGUGCGGCAAUGGCAAGUAUUGGGGUGGAUGUUAGUGAUACUCCAACCGAUGGAUUGUAUUCUACACAACAGCAGGGACUUACUCUCUGUAAACAUUCAUCAGGACCGAAUGCAAUCAAUCAUACAAUGCUAAAUCCAAAAUUGCAAUUCCUGGAGAAAUACACAGCUCGUAUGAACGCCAAUAGUGAUGACAUUGAUGUCACUAACAAUGGCAUUAGCAACACAGAAACUGGUGGUAAUGACAACCACGAUAAUGGAAGUAGAGUCAUACAAGAGGGAGGAAGGACAGCAGAUUGGUUCCUGGCUGAUGUGAGACAGAAAAAGACAUAUCGCAUGUUGAUAAGUCAAAAUAUUCGGUACGGGGAUGUUGCAUUGUUGAGAUUUUAUUUGGGAAAAUACGGUGCGCCUGCAAACAGAAUUAUAAGAUUCACAGCUGAGGUGAGCAUUGAUUUGAAUAAAGUCAGAGUGGGAUGGGGGCAUGGGUAG